AUGCACCUUCUCGAUAUACCCCUCGAGCUCUUCCAGCAGAUUGCCCGCGAUGUCGUUGAAGUCGCCGGCAUCACUGGAGCAUGGAAACUGCGAGGAACUCGGUUUCUUAUGCUUACAAUGGACCGCUAUCUGGCUGCUCGAUUGCGCUUACCACUCGACGUCGACCAGCUCCUCCUAGAAAAAAUCCAGAGCAUGGUUGACUGGGCCACGACUGAAGCGGAUAGCAAUACUAAAAGCAACAAAGAUGAUGCCGCGGAGAAUGUGUGCACAGGUUUGCUCAAUGUCGUUGGAGGAUUCAAGCUGGUCUACCCAAUCGUACACGAGUCGAGGGAUGAGCGUAAGAAUCUUACCAGGUGGGCAGAGCAAGACCUGGGUAUACAUAACAAGCUUGCCGCUGCACUAGGUGUCGGCAGCUACGAGUUGAUCAAGACGCUCUUGCCCAGACUCCUCGAGAAGCCACAGGAAGUGUUUUGGCUCGCAUUUGAUCCCUUCAAAAUCGCCAUCUGCAAAAACGACAUAACAUUGUUCCAGAUAACUUUACGGAUCCUACAAAAGGUGGCAGAGACUGAUGCUACCCGCUUGACGUCGAUUCAGCAAAUUCAGGUCGGACCGGGGAGAACCAGACUAUUCAACAUCGCCGACGCCAUUUGGGACGCCAUCGGGACCAAGCGACUUGGAAUGCUCAAAGCCUUGUUGGACUUCUCCGGAAAGUUCUGCCCCCGCCCCAGUAAUCGUGAAUACAAUCCAUGGAUUGAUUUGACCGCGAGCUCAGAACAGAGCAUUCUCGACACCUUGUUGAACUUCAAGCCAAAGGGAGGGUCGAUGGUGACACGGCAGACGUUGACCACCGUGUGCUUCGCAGGUUCAGCCAGCAUGAUUCAAGCCGUGGUGACCGCCUUAGGCAAGAAUAUCAACAAGGGUUCGAUCUUCACUUUACCCAUCUUAAUGGCUGUGCGCAGUGGACGUCCCUUGGCCGUACAAGCCCUCCUUGACGCUGGCGCAGAUAUUGGCGUUGUGACCAAGUCAAACAUCCCAUCGAUCUCCAAGGCAAACGUCACCCCGCUUGACGUUGCCAUAUACCACCAGAGGCUUGAUGUUGUCGAUGUUCUCAUGGCUCGCGGCGCCGGCCCGCUUCCUCCUGUGCACGAAUGGCCCAUGAAUCGACGCUCAUCCAACCAUCUUCGCGGCAUCGUCCUCCAGAGCACGGGUACCGACCUUCCAACCUGGAACCAAUUUCGAAAUCUUUCCCCUGAGGACCAAAUGUCUAUUGCGCACUAG